CAAUGGGCCUGUUUCUCUAUCUAUAGACUCAGAAAGACAGUUUAACCAAGAGUAAGAAGGAGCAGCCCGUACCACCAUUUCGUAAGGGAGAAAACGGCAAGAAAAACAGAGGUAGCGGAGAAAAAUCAGUUUGGAUAUAAGAAGAAAGCAUAUAUUGAUGAUUUGAACUUGUUCAAGAUAUAGAAAGAUCUGUGACGCAGAUGGACAAUUUGAAAAUGGAGUUUCUGUCUUGGGAAAAAAGGAAAAUAUUUGGUUAAAUUGUUAUAACUACUUUGUUUAUUGUUUUGGGGGGGUGAGGAAAACACCUGUUGAGAAGGAUUAUUAACAAAGAGGGAACUGCAGUCGUUCUUGUUUGCAGAUGGAUCAGACUGAGGGGUCUGACAGUCCUCGCUUCAGGAAGCUCCAUUUCCCUGUGGGUCUGUGGAUCAACUCUCCCAGGAAACACUUUGCCAAGCUGGGGGGCCGCUGGCCCAGUGCUGUCUCUGUCAAAUCCACCACCAGCUCUGAUGCUGCCUCCCUCCACGAGGCCCCCACUGCCCCUUCCCUCUCCAUCUCCACCCCCUCCCUCGCACCCCCAUCCCCCUCCCCGUCUCCGGCCUUCCUCCGGCCGCGUCCAGCUGGGCCUCAGUCCCGCACCAAGCGUCUUUCCCACCUCUUCUUGAGGGGGCGCUCCCACAGCGACCGGGAUAAGGCCAUAGGGGAGAAGGAGAGGGAGGUGUGGGCUCACUCUGCGGCCCCUUCGUCCCACCACUACCUUCCCCCUGCCUCCUCCACAGCCCCAGGGCUCAUCAAGAUCUACGGGGACGCUCUGUCUAGUGGGGCAAACUACCGCUCCCUGCUAGCCAAUACCCACUCUACAGCCAAGGAGCUCAUUGCCCAGGUCAUCACCCGCUACACGGAGAGGGAGAGAGAAGAGACAGAUGACACAGCCCUGCAGAAAUACAGUCCUGAAGACUUCCUGUUGUGUGAUGUCAUUGGAAAGCCCAUCCAGCAGCCAGACGGAGCCGUCCAAUGGGAAAGAGAGUGUCGUAGGUGUGUGGCAGAAUGGGAAUGUCCCCUGCUAUUGGUAGACAUGUGGCGGCCAAAAGAUGGAUUUGAACGCCGCUUCGAGAUCCAGAGACGAGAUGACUAUGAAACAGAGGAGAGGGAAAAAGAGAAGGAGCGAGAGAGGGAAGGAGAGAACCACACAGGCACGCGUUGGAGGCGGAGUCGUAUACAAUCGGGGGGCGGGCCUGAGGAAGGAGAGCGAGGUCACCGAGGACGGAACACAGAACUCAGGAGAAGCAUCAGUGACAUGAACCUUAGCCUGAGACGUCGCCAAGGAAAUCACGUUGGCAACGACCCCCGUCGUUCUGGAAACAACCCAAACAACAGUGCAGGAAUCCAGGACAGGAAGAACAUUGUGAGCAUGAUCGCUCCAUUGGAACACGGAGAGAUAAUGAGGUCAAAAGUCAGAGACGAGGUAGAGCGGAGAAACAAAGCAGACAAGGCCGUUGAGGAAGCAAAAGACUACUCAACCUGCGACCUGGAAGCGAUGUCACAGAGCCUGAUCCUCCCACCAAUGGACCGUCCUUACUUCCUGUUGCUGCAGGGCUACGACCAGAGCAAGGACUUUGUUUUGUACAUAAUGGCGGGGCACACACAUGUGUUUGGACGGAAACCCACAAUGAGAGAGAGAGAGAAGGACAGAGAGAGAGAGAGGAAAGGGAAAAGGCCUCUGAAGGUGGACACGUUCCUCUCUGCUCCUGACCUGCUCGCCAGACACCUGCUGGUCAGGAGAGACUCAGCCGUACCAGACAGCCCAUCUGGACAAGCUCUGAUGCGGCCCUUCAGGGGAGGCGCAGUCACACACAACGGAACAGCUUUGUACCGGGAGGCGGUGCUAAAACCUGGAGAUGUGAUCGGGAUAGGAAGCCACUUCCUCUUCCUGUACCGUGACCCCCGCGUCACCCCCACCCCUCCACUGGCACUGGCCCUGCCAUGGCAAGCCGACGUAGCCUCCACCUGCUGCCCCUCAGGCCUGGUGGACAGACAGGAGGCGUUAAGGCAGUACCUGGGAUCCACCGAGGCCCUGCUGAGGUUCCAGCCUCGACACGCUGACGCUUUGCUACAAGAGAUCAUCUCUAAAAAUUCUUCUCCAGAUUCAGGGGGUGGGCCUUUAGCUCCAGCAUAUCUCCUGUCAAUAAUGAUUGAUCACAUCUCCAAACACCUGGAUCCCACCCUCAUGCCUCAGCUUCUGCUGAAAGCAGCCAAUCAGAUCAAAGCAAUUGUUUGGGAUAACAUUAAGGAAUUUGGGGAUAAGCAUCCCACGCAAAAUUCCACAGAACCGGUUGUUGAACUGACAGCUCCCAGUGUACAGAAGUUGUCAUCUGACCUUCGACCCCUGAUGUUCUGGAUGUCCAACGCCACAGAGCUCCUCAACUUCUUCCAGGUCAAAGUGGAGGCAAUGGAGAGAGACUGGGAGUUUGAAGCUCCCGGUGACCCGGUGUUGUCAGCUGACUUGGACACCUGCUCCGAGGCCCUGGCUCAGCUUGAUGAUGUCAUAAUGCACACCUUCCAGCAGUGUGUAUACCACCUGACAAAGACCCUGUACUCUCUCCUGCCAGCGCUCCUGGACAACAACCCUUUCUCCAGCGAGGACAAGGGGAUGGAGAAAAAGGAGUCAAAGGAGACAGAAGGGUGUGAGGGCGGUGGAGAGGAGGACGUGUCCUCCCUCCCUCCUACGGUGGCCGGGCUGGUGGAGGUGUACCGCUGCUCCUUGACGCUGUCCCGGGAAGCCUGCCUGUCCCCUCCACUCACCUCCCAAACCUUCGGUUACCUCUUCUUCUUCACCAACACCUCCCUGCUCAACACCCUGUUGGAAAGAGACGGUCUGUUCUCCUGGUCCAGAGCGGUCCAGAUCCGCACCAACCUGGACCUCGUUCUGGACUGGCUGCAAGGGGCGGGGCUUGGAGAUAUUGCAUCAGAGUUCCUGAAGAAGCUGUCCGUUACAGUGAACUUCCUGUGCAUCCCAAAGACUCGCCUUAUCCAGUCAUCGUGGACCAGCCUAAAAGAGGACCAUGCCUUGCUAAGCCCCGCCCAGCUACACCACCUACUGACACAUUACAAACUGGGUCCAGCCAGAGCCCCGCCUGCAUCGUGGGCCCCUCCAUCUGGGAUUGAUCUAAGUGGAGACAUUUUUGAGAGCUUCUUGGACCAUCCCCCUCUCAUUCUUCCAAAUGAGACACCUCAGCUGGACCUCUCGCAGCCAAUCCCCAGCCCCGAGCUACAAAAGGAGGUGACACGCCUGCGCAACUUCCUGUGGGGACUUGACCAAGAAGAGCUUCCAGCCAAUCAGAGGACCAGGCUGUGAGCACUAAUAUAAUUUAAUUUUAGAGAGAAGCUACCCUUAGGCCCUGAAUAGGAUCAGCUCACCUUCUGUCUCAACCAUGAAGUGAGAAAGACGCAGAACUGACACUUGAUUAGUGUUUAGGGGCCAGCUCAUUCAUCUAGGGCAACUUGGAUAUCACUAUAUUGAAUCCCUUGUACUUAACACUCAGGCAUAAGACCUUCAGGCAAUGGCACUGAGGAAAGGCAACUGACAAAAAUGUAUGACACACUGUAAUAGCUAAAGCUGUAAUUUGACCAGGAUUAUUUGAACACUUUAUUUUUUAACACCGCCUGGGUGCAACUGUUGCCUAAAAAGUCCUGCAAAAAUCCACCAGGAACUCUGUUGUGACAAUUUUAUUAUGCAAAAGAUCAGUUUUAAACUGGUUGGCCAAAGAUAGUCUCAUAAAAAAUAUAUAGUAAUGUGUAUUGUUACAGAAUUCAUGCAAAAGUAAACACUAACACAAAAAGGAAAGUAUGUUUUAUCAUUAUUUCUAACUGCCAUAUAAUGAUCCGUAUUAAUAAAUUGCUGGUAGCCAAUGCACUACCCACAGUG